AUGAAAACACCAUCCAAAUCUUGUCCCAAAGCAUCACCUUCGAAAUCGAAGGGAAACAGCUGUUUGAAAGUAAUUAAAUUACUCCUUGCUGCUUUUCCUUCGGUUGUUUUUGGGGUAUUUACAAUCGUUUUCACGAUUCAACAACAUAUAACAGGUAUUGAAAAUCGCAAACAAGAUCAAAAGCAAGCUGAUGAACAAAACAUUCGUUCAACUUUCGAAAACUACAUUGACGACAUUUCCAGUCUUUUACUUGACGAAAAAUUUAAUCGUAGUAAUUCCGAGCAUUUGUUGCAUAUUCGUGUGAAAACCUUGACUACUCUUCGUAAUGUUGACAUUAAUCGAAAACGAGAUAUGAUCUUGUUUCUUUAUGAAAGUCGACUGUUACGAAAUGAUGUUCCGUGUAAUGAACGACUUUCGUUGCAAGAUGCUGAUUUAGACAAACUAACAUUCCAAGGUUCAUCGUCGAAUCCUAUUCAACUUGACAAUCUAUACUUACCGGGAGUUUAUCUAUCGAACGCAGUUUUUCAUUGGUGUAUAUUAG